AUGUCGUCUGAAGAUAUUCAAGCAGCUAGCUUCUUACUCAACAUGAGAAAGGAACCUGUCAUUAUGCUUCCUCCUAUCGAUUCUUUACUUUCAUCUCAACCUUCACCUCCAUCCUUUCAUCAUCGGCUUCAUCAUAUGGAUCCGCCAUCUUUUGUCACAACACCUUCAUCCUCCAUGAUGGAUAUACAAAUGAUUACGCAUGCUACAGAUCAAGAUCCAAUGCCAUCCAAAAAGAAACAUAAGGCCGCUAUUGCCGCUGAGAGUGGUAGAAUCCAAUCACCAUCUCCUCCUCUUACUCGAACAACUCGUCGUCGUCGAAUUGCAAGCAACAACAGUGGUGGUAGUAGUACCACUACUACUGACAUAACGCAUCACCGCCCUCGUCGGACUACCAUGACCAGCACAAGCAGUAGCAGUAGCAGCGUGAUCCAUCGUGCUGGCGGUGGAGCAAAAGGAGGCAAAGUUCGACCUCGGUGGCAGGCUCAUGAGCGUCUCAAGCUGUUUUUGGCCAUCGCAGAAGAUAAGCAAUUGGAGGACAUGUCUACUUUUCGUUGGGGCCCUAUUGCAUGCAAGGUGGGUCGAUCACGUAAAGCCUGCAAAGACCAAUGGCGUCGUGAGGUGUAUCGUUCCAUUGUCCAAUAUCUGGAAAAGAUGGCAGCUCAAGAACCUACAGAAGAGAAUGGAAGUGAUCAAGAUGAUAUUGAUGACGAUGACGAGGAAGAGGUGGAUGAUAUGGAGGAUGAGCAGGAUGAUGAUCAAACCAUGACAACAUAA